UCCAAGCCUCUCGAUGCAGCUCGUCCUCGUUUGGGGCAGUUCUGCGUGGAGUUUUUGGAGUUGCUUGCGUGGAGGUCCAGUACCAAGACAAAAAAAACAAACAAAAAAACAAACUCGUGAAACACAUUGAAGAUAUUUUCUUUUUACAAAAAACGCUAAAAGGAUUACAAAAAUGAAUACGAGAAUGCAGUCUUCGUACAAGAGGAUGUUCGCAGAGAAGCCCACGGUGGUCCGGUCCUCCUAUUCCGCCCGCCAAUACUCCAAUCCCUCGGUCCGCUCGCGCGUCAGCUACGGCGUCUCAUCCAUGCCGACCAUCUACGCCACCAAAAGCUCCAGGGUUCGCAUGAGCGCCCCGAUCCCGCGGCACUCCGCCGAGACGCUGAACUUCGCCCUGUCCGACGCCAUCAACACCGAGUUCAAGGCCACGCGCACCAACGAGAAGGCGGAGAUGAUGCACCUGAACGACAGGUUCGCGAGCUACAUCGAGAAGGUGCGCUUCCUGGAGCAGCAGAACAAGAUCCUGGUCGCGGAGCUGGAGCAGCUGAAAGGCAAGGGCACGACCCGCAUCGGCGACCUGUACGAGGAGGAGAUGCGCGAGCUGCGGCGCCAGGUGGACCAGCUCACCAACGAGAAAGCCCGGGUGGAGGUGGACCGCGACAACAUGGCGGAUGACAUCGAGCGACUCCGGGAGAAAUUCCAGGAUGAGAUGGUUCAGCGCGAGGAGGCCGAAACCAACCUGCAGGGCUUCCGGCAGGAUGUGGACAACGCUUCCCUGGCCCGGGUGGACCUGGAGCGGAAGGUGGAGUCCCUGCAGGAGGAGAUCGCCUUCCUCAAGAAGCUCCACGACGAGGAGAUCGCUGAGCUGCAGGCACAGCUGCAGGAUCAGCACGUGCAGAUCGACAUGGACGUGGUCAAACCGGACCUGACCGCAGCCCUGAGGGACGUGCGUCUGCAGUACGAGAACCUGGCCGCCAAGAACGUCACAGAGUCCGAGGACUGGUACAAGUCCAAGUUUGCGGAUCUCUCGGAGGCCGCAGCCCGGAAUAACGACGCUAUCCGCCAGGCCAAGCAGGAGGCCAGCGAUUACCGCCGGCAGGUGCAGGCGCUCACCUGCGAGGUGGACGCCCUGAAGGGGAUCAAUGAGUCCAUGGAGAGGCAGAUGAGGGAGCUGGAGGAGAACUUCUCCCUGGAGGCGGGCGGUUACCAGGACAACAUGACGCGGCUGGAGGAGGACAUCCGCAGCAUGAAGGAGGAGAUGCUGCUCAACGUCAAGAUGGCGCUCGACAUCGAGAUCGCCACCUACAGGAAGCUCCUGGAGGGAGAGGAGAGCAGGAUCACUACCCCGAUGCCCAAUUUAUCCUCCUUUAACCUGAGAGAGUCCAUGCUGGAGUCCCGGCCGAUGAUUGACAACAUCUCCAAGAAGGUGGUGAUCAAGACCAUCGAGACCAGAGACGGACAUGUGAUCAACGAGUCCACCCAGCACCAUGACGACCUGGAACUGGAAUAAACCGCCACCUGAUUGGCCGCCAGAAACACGGCAGACCUAGCGCAGACACUGAGAGGUAGAGAGAGGGAGAGAGGAAGAGAGAGGGAGGGAGAAAGAGAUCGUAAGAGGAAGGGAAAUGGGGUGGGGGGGAGGGGGUGGUGAUUCUGUUUUUUUUUGUGAGAGAAAUACAUUUGAGAAAAAAAAAACUACAGAAAUACAAAGCAAGAAAAAAAAAAGCUUUAAAAGUGCCUUUUUCCGUGAUAUAAAGGACGGGCUGUUAGUGUGCUAGUGGGGAGAAUAGAGAGCGUAGAAUCGCAGGUUGUUCUUCUGAAUGUUAAUGUUUACCGCACCGUCUUUAGUUUACAUUCAGACAGGAAGACAUAGCAAUACUCUGAGCAACACAGUAAAACAAAACCCUUUGUUUUUAACUGACCAAAUCUUUUGGGGUGAAACAGCAUUUUCCCCCUUUUAUUUCUCUGUCGGUGUCUCCAAGCCAAGCAACGUGUAAGCAAUAAAGAAACUGUCACUGCUUCCGUACGUCAAUAAACCUUUCGAAAAAAGAAAA